AACCGGAGGUAUUAGACCCCUCUUCUAAUCCUGUCAUUAUACCCUUGGCUUGAUCUGGUCUCAGAUGCAGCCCUUUCACCCCCAGAGAGGCUCAUAGCAUGUUUGUUCCCGUCUUAUCAGAUGAGUCCACCUGUCUGCUCACUUCAACUAAAUCAUUGCUCUGUGGGUUGGAAGCGACAUUGAUCAACUCAUCUAUAGCCUCUAUGCGUUAGCAAAAAGUUAAUAAGUUAAGGCAGACAUCAUACACGGUUUCCAAAACCUGGUUUAUGGUGUAGUAAACACAUUUAAACCAUAUGCAGGCUCAGCAGUUUGCUUCCUUGAGGCGCUUUUGCAACUACAGUAGUCCCGCCUCCGGCGCGUAAAGACCCCGGCGCGUUCUUACGCACUGCAUUCAGCUGGAGCAGCCUGGAGCGCAGGAGGAUGCAAUACACACACAUGUUUAUUAGCUGUAGGUCUGUGUAGGAUUAUCCAUUCCGAAAGAAUGACUGCGGACAGCUGUGAUUCUCUAGAGGACUUGCAAGCUAUUGUUGGAGAGAUGCAGGUCUCCAACGUCUCCAGGGCAUUGCACGAAAGCAAACUCACCGAGAAAUCCAACUGUGGAUCUGUAUCUGUUGGUUUCCCUAUAACCAUGAUGAUCACUGGCAUGGUGGGCAAUUCACUGGCUCUUAUUCUGGUGUAUAUUUCUUACAGAAAGAAAGAAAAUAAAAGGAAAAAGUCUUUCUUGCUUUGCAUUGGAUCACUGGCGUUGAUUGACCUGUUUGGACAGCUUUUGACAAGUCCUAUAGUGAUAUCCGUUUACAGAGCUGAUCUAAACUGGGACCGUAUCGACUCAUCGGGCAAACUGUGCUCUUUUUUCGGUGUGUGUAUGACAACUUUUGGCCUGUGCGCUCUUUUUUUGUCCAGUGCCAUGGCCAUUGAAAGGGCUUUGGCGAUAACAAAUCCACACUGGUACUCCAAUCACAUGAAGACAAGCGUGACAAAGCAGACUUUGGCUACCAUAUGGUUUCUUGUUUUGCUCUUUGCACUGCUGCCCAUUGCAGGGGUCGGGGAAUACACGCGCCAGUGGCCCGGUACCUGGUGCUUUAUCAGCACGGGGGACAGGGAAGUCCCGGGCAAUAUGUUUUUCGCCGUCACUUUCGCUGUACUUGGGAUUUUCUCUCUGCUUGUAACACUCUCCUGCAAUGUAAUUACAAUCCGGGGUUUAAUUAUCCGGUGCAAAACAAAGUCAGGCACGUCCCAGUCUUCAAAACAGUGGGAACGGCUCACCACGGAGACCGUCAUUCAACUUUUAGGGAUUAUGUUUGUCGUUCUUAUAUGCUGGUCUCCUCUGCUGGUGCUGAUGUUGACGAUGAUCUCCGCCCAGGUAUCCUCCCACGAGUGCAAUUCAACAGUAAUGCCCAGCCAGGAUGUCCAGUUAGACUGUGACUUCUUUCUGACAGUGAUCCGCCUGGCAUCCCUCAACCAGAUCCUAGACCCUUGGGUCUAUCUGCUCCUCAGAGAGAUCCUUCUGCGCAAGUUCUGCCUUGUGGCUAAUGCUGUGUCCAACUGCACCACAGAGGAUCACAAACAGACCCAAACAGCACUGGAUACUCUUAACAAGCAGAACCAAGACAGCAAGCAUCUUCAUAAACCACAAAGCAGCUAAGUCUGGCCUUUGAUGGGAAUUGCUGACUUUGUGACUUUGAAGUAUGGGCAGAUUGGAUGCAUUAUUGUCUUGUGUUGUGAACAAACACACAGAAGCAUGUUCUGCAAUGGGAGACAAGAGUGGGAUCUGUUGUAGUGCUGCUGGGAACCAGCCAGUUCUUCUCUGGGUGCAUUUUGGUCAACAUAUUUUAUUCGGUCACCCAACCAGGAUGUGGACACAGUAUUGUGUCAUGGCUGCCAGGAACUCUCUCCCUCUCUUUUUUUUUUUUUUUUUUGUUGGCUGUUGUUCAGUUUUGAUAAUAUCACCUCCCAGACCCAAGAACUGAAUAAAGGCGACUCUAAACUGAUGUAUAUGGAAGUGAUGCAUCUCAUACUCUUUCAUUUCUGAUCUGGGUCAUUGCUUUUAGCAACCUGAAACCUUAAGUCAGUUCAAAGUGGAUUUUGUGAAUGUGAAUUAAGAAAAUGAAACUAUAGUUGUAAAUAGCUUUACUGUAUGUUACAUAAAAUUUUGCCACAUUGUUUUUAAAAAAGGAUAGUUUGUCAUUCAGAAAAAAAUGUGACUCCUGAACUGGAGCCAGUUGAUUGUAAGAUUGUUUAUUAGGGUGUCGUAGUAAUAUAAAGUCAGUUGUUUCUGUGCUCAGUGUUGAUGAUGCUGCACGUUGGGUAUCAGGUGUUGUAAAUUUUUAAUAUACUGUAUGUGCUGUUCCUUAACUAGCAGCUAGGAAUAUGAAAUGUGUAGCUUCGGCUUUGUCACCACAUUCUCUCCUUAAUAUGAAUGUCCUCAACUUUCUUUUAAGAAUAACUUAAAAGCCAUUGAACGCUAAGGUGUGUGAGGAAAAGUAGAUUUGUGAUGUUUAAAAUUUUGACACUAUAGAUGACAGGGCGGCCUGAUGCUGUGGUGACAAGGGUGUAGCUGUCACUGUCAGAGUUUCACUGAGCAAUCUCUGCAAUGACAAGCAGAUUAGGUUUCACCAGCCCACUCUUUUUGGAGAAUUAAAAAAAACAAUAACUGGUGCAGUCGUUUGACCAGACACAUCACUAUAGAUGGAGAGAAGGAUACCCUUGCGAUACAAGGCUGAUUAGUAAAAACAUAAUGGAUACCAAUAUCUAUGUCCAAGCUGUCCAGAAUACAGACACUACAAUAUUUUAAAGAUUUUUAAUCUUCUCCAAGCUUUUUUGGCACGCAUGAAGCUGCUUGUUCAACUGCUUCACACUGUGGUAUCACAACCAUACAUCAACCUUUCAAAAGUGUAAGGUGGUCUUCUGUCAGUACACAAAGUUGUAGCUGCAGGUACCGUACAGGUUUCACACAUGUUUUAGCUGCAUUAAUUUGAUGGUCAUCAUUUUUUGAAUGUAUCCUUCAGUAUUUCAUGAUUUUUCUUCUUAUCAAUAAACCCUGUAGCUGUAAUGUUACAUCUGAAUAGAAACAAAUGUUAUUUUCCCCAGAUGUGUUCAGUGCAAUUUAUCAGAGUCCUCAGAUAAGAGCAAGAACCUUUUCAGUGAAGUGGUUUGCUACCAGCUAGCUAAACAUCACAAGCAAGACUGCUGUUGGAUGGCAAUGGCAAUCCAUUUCUUUUAAGGUGGUGUAAAUAAGAGUUUUGUUGUUGUUUUGGUUGAUUUGCCUUGUAUAGCACCAGUUCAUUGCUGUGUAUACUCUACAUGUAUUUGUAGAGUCUGGCCAAAGACACCUCAAGGAUGCACACAUUUGCUGUCAUGGUAACCUUCACGUUAUGGGACAGUUUCUCGUGUCGCCACCAACCAAUAAAUCUGCCUUUUAGCACAUCAGCACACAAGAUUAGACUAAUGUACAUAUUGCCUUGCCUGGUCUAAUCUGUGCCUUUUAUAUGUGAGUAUACACACAAGUUCUAUAAAAUUGAGCUCAUGGGAAAUUGACAGCUGAAGAAGUCAUGUGAAAAAUAAAAAUUUUCUGUUUCCAUGUAUCUGCCCACAGAGAGUCGGGUUGUUCUUG